UGACUAAUAAACAUACCAAAAGAAUAUGGCUACACAAAUACCAGAAUCUGAUCAGAUAAAACAGUUUAAGGAACUUCUUGGAACCUACAAUAAACUUACAGAAACAUGCUUUUUGGAUGGUGUUAAAGACUUCACAACAAGAGAAGUAAAACCUGAAGAGCAGAAUGAAGUCCUAGCAGCCAAAGCAGGACUCUUUGGUCAACCAUGA